GGGUGCAAAGCAGGUUGAGAACUAAGCUGUGGUUUGAGUUUUUGUAGAAAUACAUAAAGAGAAGGUUACACGAUUGACUGGAACUGGAGUAGAAAAGAAAGCAAUGGUAGCCUUUAGUAUGGUGGUUAGGUAGUGUCUCUGUGAGUUUGAACUCGAGUCCCUUGUACUCUGUGUUCCCAGGAAUCGCGGGAUGUGUAUCUUACUUCCAGUCCUGAUCCAUAUGAUUGUGACGGUACCGGUUUUCUUGGCGGGACCCGCUGGUGGACGCACGUUUUUGAUUGAAUUUGUGACGAAUUGAAAUGCUUUUCUCGAUCAUUUUCGUUCGCUUUUUCCCGGUUUUAUUCCAGUCUCCAGAUGCAUGAAAGUUGGGAGCAGAGAUUCUACAGGUUGGACUGAUGAUUGACAGUUUUGUAUGCGGCGGUAUGCUGUUAGAGCAAGACGCAAACAGCAAUCAGGCGCGAUGAUAAGAAUCUGCUAAUCGCUUGAAUGAGUAUGCGAUUAGCGAAGGUCUCGAUGCGCAGAAUCUGCUAAUCGCUGUUGUAUGAGUACGUGAUGAGCGAAGGACUUAGGUUGGCAUAUGGCAUUCGCGGUUUACUACGAGGAUCUCUACUGUAGUUUGUCUGUUAAAUUCAGAUGGAUUAGUCAGCAGAUCUUACGGCCACGGCUCUGUUUUUUUAUUUUUUUUUGGGUUUUGUGGCAUGGCUCCCGUGAGUCCCGUGUAAUGCGAGGCUAUGGCUGAGCGGUCGGAGAUUGACAUCUGACUGAAUGUUCAGUUCCAUACCCUGGAGUCGGCGCAGAAUUGGGCCACAGAGGGCGGAAAUUGAUCGUAGGAGGGGAGAUAGGUGCGAGGAGAGUUGCCCUAAAGAGACGAAUUAUAGGUCUUGUUGACUAUGCGUUCUCUGAGUGAUGGAAGACGUUGAGGUCGGUAGCAGUUUGUGUGUUUUGAGCAAACGGCCUCGCGUGAUUUUCGGGCUUUUCCUUGCCCAAAAAGGUGGAUCUAAUGCAUGUGGUUGAGAAUGAUGUACUGUGGUCAGCGUGGUGAUAUUGUGAGUGAAUUCAAACCAAGGGGUGGGACUAGGGCGUUGGAGAAACGUGAAGUGACAUCGACAAACACUAGCACUGUUCGGGUAAAGGCACUCAGCUCGGAGCGUAUCCUAGUGUCGAAUGUCAUGUAUGCAAAUCUAGUUAGGGUAGUGCGCGUUCUUAUUCGCAGACGAGAGGUCGUUCGGGUAUCUCCUAUGCUCAAGAUUCAAAUGCACAACCGCUGGGCGAGUGCACAAAUCCAGGGUGAUAACUGCAACGACACCGAAAUUGUAUACAAGAACUUGAUUUAUGGUACGAACCAGCUUCUCGCGCUAUCGGACACCGGUAUCGACAUGAAUCAUUGCUUUUUCUAUGAUCCAAAUGGUUCUCCAACACCGGAAGUGAACAUGACACUGAGGAAGGUUGUGAAAUACAAAAACAUUGCUGAUGAGGAAGAUGUGCCAGGAGGGCAUGGAACGCAUGUGGCGGGAACUCUGAUUGGCUCACCAUAUCUGCGCAGUGACGGUGAAGCAAUUGUCGAUGGAAUGGCUGGCGAAUACCCGACAUCUUCUUUUUCGGGAAUCGCGCGUGACGCGAAGCUGGGUUUCCAGAAAAUAACGCUCAAGGAAUUAUACGGAGACUCGGUGGCUUCUGGUGCUAGCAUUCAUUCCAACUCAUGGGGUAUCGAAGUUGACAGGAAUAUGAUUUACGAUGAAUUAGCUCGUGAUGUCGACGAUAUUAUGUAUAGGAACGAGAACUUUCUCCUUGUCUUCUCAGCUGGGAACGCAGGGAAAUUAGGCCUCAACACAGUAACCUCCCCUGGAACGGCGAAGAACUGCUUGACUGUUGGUGCGAGUCUGAGCACACAGGAGAGCUUUGAAUUCUGCCAGGAGUACUGCCAACCAGUUUGUGACUCCUGCAGAACUUAUAAGAUGGACGCGCGCAGGAAUGACACAAAUAAUGUAUUCCUUGCACCGUUCUCGAGCAAGGGGCCGACCCUGGAUGCAAGGAUCAAGCCCGACAUUGUUGCACCAGGCAUGCGAAUCUGGUCUGCCAAUGCCGGUACUGGCUGUGGAUUGAAGUCUGACCAGGGAACCUCUAUGUCUUCUCCUGUGGUGGCCGCGACUGGGGCACUUGUUCGGCAGUACUUCACAGAUGGGUUUUAUCCAUCAGGUCAGCGCAAUGCGUCCGAGGGUUUUGUCCCAUCUUCUGCAUUAAUCAAGGCUUGUCUCAUCCACAGUGCACGUGGACUUCUUGGUUACGUGGAUGGGACCGCCGGCAAUGUAUAUUUGCAGUUCAAGAAUGACACAGCAUUCCCAAACUCAUUUAUCGGAUGGGGAUUGAUCAGAAUCGACAGGCUUUUGAAGUUUGUGAAUGGAACUGAAUACUCUCCUCCUAGUCUGUUUGUGAAAUCUGGAUCGAUUGACGGUGCCGUAAUUCAAAUGGGGGAAACGCAUGUGUACACUAUCCAAGUGCUCAGCAACUCUACCUCUCUUAGAGCGACAAUGGUUUGGAUGGACCCUCCUGCAGCAGUUGGUGCCGUUAAUCCGAUGCUACAUGAUCUUGACCUCUCCAUAGUGGAUGUGAGAGGGCAGACGACUUAUCCCAAUGGACUCAUGCAGCCCGAUAGACUCAACAACGUCGAGCGUGUGGUUAUAGGCUAUCCAUCUCCCGGCAUUUACGAGGUACACGUCGCAGCGGUUACAUUGACGCGGACAUACAAGAACCAGUCCUAUGCUUUGGUUAUAACCGGGGAUUUGAACGAGACUGCCACAACUUUCACCUUGGGCACUGUGAAGGUCGUCCAGCGUCCGCCAUCUGAAUGCUUCUUAUCAGACCCCUUAUGUGAAGAUGGGAUCUGCCAGCCUACGUCGACUGGAGCAUGCCCCGAGCUCUCGGGAACCAUCGCCGAAAAUUCGGGGACAACCAACGCCUCGGUGCCUCUGUCGUACACCCAUGACCUUCAAUCUGCUCAGCUUGCUUCAGCUUCUGAUACCAGCGACCCGAGUGAACCGGCGCCGAAGAGCAAACCUAUGCCGACGGAUGGCGCCAGCACGACGGGUGGGGUUUCGCUUGCUUCCAACGCUCUCCUUCUCGUUGCGGUGACCAUCGCACUCUUGCUCUCUUGUUAGCUUUUGCUUGGCAAUGCUUAAGCACCUA